UUGAUACAUCACAAUGUGCUUGCACCACCUGUGGCAGAUUGAACAAUAGGGUUCACAGGUUCUGCAGAACUAAAAUGUAUCGCUCACCGCUGAUAAAAUGUUCUGAAAGAGAGAUAACAGCCAUAAAGAUCCAGUCUUGGAUGCUGCAAAACAUAGAACAGUAUUUUUCUAGCUGUCACUUUCAAUGAAAGAGCAGCAUUGAAAAAGUUGAAACACCACUAGAACCAGAACGAACAAGUUUAAAUUCUGGAUUCGUCUAUGAAUGAACAUACGUAUGACAGCUUUGAUAUUGUUACGCAUCAAUGGAACGUCAAGAUUGCCUUCUUUCUGAAUUCUUAGAAGAAAAUCAACUGCAUUUGCUCUUGUUUUGGUGUAGGCUUUUACUCUCUAUGCUCAUUAAUAACAUGUUCAAGUAUCGCAUCAAUUCGUUUAUGAACUUUCUCAACCUUAGCUCUCAUGUCACUGGUUUUUCUCAGUGAUUUGAUUGAAGGGUAACUAUAAGCAGCGAAAUUCCUGGUUUUACACAUAUUUACCCUGGGCGUAACUCUAAGUAGGCGUUUGGAUAUGAACGUGAUCUGAACCCAAAUGCUUACUUAGAGUUAGUGAGUUUAGAAUGACGUGAUCUUAUCACUUCGAGUGGAUAAGAAAGAGUUCAGUUGAACAUACACGCAAAUGCGCCUGUAUGUUAUAAGGCAUCUUAAAUCAGACACAAUGAUAUUUUGGACCAAGAAAUGUAUACAUCUCAACAUUUUAUUCAGAAAAAGCAUCAGGGGAAAAGAUAGUGAUAAUCUCUAUGAUGUUUGUCCUACCGAUGCAACGCGUAAGAACGUCUUCAUAAACGGCUAUCCAUGCAAGAAUCCAGCACAAAUUACUGCUUCUGAUUUCAAAAGCUCUGGUUUGAGCAAGGAAGGUGACACGGAUAACUUUCAACGUUCAUCGACAACAUUAGUCACUGCUGCAGAAUUUGCAGGACUCAACACUCUCGGGUUAUCUGUUGCCAGGACUGACCUGGAUGUAGAUGGCGUGAUAAUGCCACAUGCUCAUCCACGAGCUUCCGAGAUGAUGUUUGUUGGCAAAGGAGUGGUGAUUGCUGGAUUUAUCGACACGAAAAGCCAAGUGUUCCAAAAGACUCUUAAACAAGGUGAUGUGUUUAUUGUCCCCAGAGGACUUCUACAUUAUAACUUGAAUUCGGGGUUCGAAUUAGCCACUGUGUACUCAGUGCUGAGCAGCCAGAAUCCUGGUAUGUUGAGUAUAUCAGAUGCAAUGUUUGCACCAGUUGUUUCGGAACCCAUGAGAGACCUGAUGAAGAAGUUGUUUUCGCGUUCAAACUUGGGAACAAACCAGAUUAAAAAUGUAACAUCGUUUCGUUAUUAAACUUCAUUCAUAACUUUGAGCAUUUCCGUUUCUAAUAUAACUCGUGCCAAAUAUUUAUGACAUUCAUCGCGAAAUGUAUAUGUAUAUCUGUACUGUAUAUGACUACUGAAUAUUAACUUUUCUUGAACUUUCAAUUGUU